AAACGGGGUGUGAGGGUUAACCUGGAGGUUUCAAGAGGUAUGAAACAUCAAUUUUACGAGCUGAGCAUCGUAAUUUGUAAGUGGGCCAAUUGAGUCGGUGUCCUUCGAAACCACGCAAAUUGAGUGGCCUCAAGAGGUAGAAUUCUAAUUUUUUUUAUCUCGCUUAGGCCCAAUGCAUCAUUGGGCCAACCCUGAAGCUAGUCCUCUCAUCACUUCUGGGUUAACAAAGUUCAAGGCAAAAGAUCCAUCACACCCGGACAAUAAGAACAAACAGUGAAAUAAAAUGGCCACGUGGCCUUUGAACCCUCACCCGGCUUUGCCGGGAACCGCUGCCUCCACCGCAGCAUCCGCCGCCGGCUGUUCAUCGAUUUCACGAUGCUGUCCGUCUGUCUCCUUCCAGUAUCCUCUUUGCCACCGUACGAAGAGCUUCUUAUUACUCCCGCCGCCCCAAUUUCACCGUUCAUUUCACCGGCCCGCCGCAAAUCGUACUGAUCGGUCUCUCCGCUGCUCCUCCGGUUCUCCCAGGCCGCAGCCUGAUCCUCCUGACCGAGGAAAAUCAUCUUCAGGUGCUGAAGAAAUUGUGUCUAAAGUUCAGAACAGAGUGCAGAUCUUCUUUGCUGUAUUAUUUUGGAUGUCUCUUUUCUUCUGGUAUUCUAUUUGGGAUGGGAGAAAUGAUGGGAGACCAACCAAGAGUUCUCGGUUUAGACGAUGAUUAAGGCUCUGUUUGGUAACGAAAUCUCUGCUCCAUGAAUAAGUAGCUGCUUGUAAAUUUAGUUCUUUCAUAGGAAUGGAUCAAUGGAUGUUACCAAACACUUUUUUAACUUUUAAUGUCUAGAUCUAGUAACACCAGCUAAAUAACAUUUAGAAAGUGUUUGUCAUUGAUUAAAAUUUUCUGAACUUG